AUGAGAAAACGAAAAGACGAAAAUGGAAAUUUAAAUAUUACUUGCGAUAAUUUAGAGGAAUAUUUUAGGGAAUUUGCUCAAUAUCGGAAUUUACCAGAAGUAGAAAAUUGGGUUAAGACCAAAGAGAUUCCGCAUGAAGGACUUUUAGAAGAUUCAAUAAAUAAUAAAAUGGUAAAUUUUCUAGUAGGUGUUAAAAAAGAUGCUCGAAAACUAGAAUUACCGGUCGAUUUAAAAAAAAUUUGGAAAACCGGCGAAAAUAAAAACCCUUAUAAUUUGGAUUUAAAUUGGCCGACUUCUGACAGACAAGAUGGAAGUAAAAAAGAGCAAGAAAAAAAAACGAUUGAAAAAGCGUUGGCUGGUCCCUUAGUAAAAAAUAAUUCAGGAGAGAAUGCCAAGCAAAUACUGGAAAAAUAUAUUGGUUUCCAAAGAGAAAAAGAUAAAUUUGAGAAUUAUGUUUACUUAUACGCUGCGGUUAAGGAUGAUAAAUUCCAUCCAAAGAAGGAAAUUAUUUGCUAUUCGGGAGCACCGGGAACCGGUAAAACCACUUUUGUUAAAACCCUUAAAGAUGCUAUGGGAGUAGAAAUAGAACUAAUUUCUUGCACCGGAUUAAAAGAUUCCUCUGAAUUUUCUAUUUUAGGCGACGAAAAUAAACCUAUUCAAGACGAGCAAGUUCAACGGGACCUAAAAAAACUUUUUGAACUCUACUUAAACAAGGAAGGACAGGAUAAAGGAGAAACCAAAACAGUUUACGGAGAAAAAAAAGAACUAAUUCCCAACUCGAUCAUUGAAUUGCUUCCUCAAUAUAUUAGGGAGGGAGGAAUACGGCAAACUGAAAGGAAUGAUAAAAAUAACAUUAAUCGUUUCCCACGAGUCAUUUUUUUUGCGGGAGAAGAAUACAACCAGGAGUUAGUCCAAAAUCAGGAAUUACAAAAGAAAAUAUUCCUUACCGUCGAUUUUAGCCAAGUAAAAAAGGAAGAUAUUCAAAAAAUAGAAGAAAAAAUUAAGGAAACUCACGAUGAAUUAUGUUUUAUUUAUGUGAAAGAUAUUAAUAAAGGCAUCGACCCUCAGCAAGAAAAAACUUUUUUGCCUUACUUUGACCCUUCACAAGAGGGAUCUGGAGUUGUUUUCAUUAUUACCAGUUCCACUUCAGACAUGGGAAAACUUUCAACCCCUUUAACCUCUCGUCUUGAUUGUAUUAAUGCCGAGACUGCUAAUCCGAAGCAAUUUUUUUUAGAUAAAUAUUUCUAUUCUAUUUUGAUUGCCUCUUUUCUCACUUUUUUAACCUUGAUACUAUUCCUUACUUAUCAUUACCGUGGAAGGGAAGAAGUAGAAGAGGCUGGAAAAAUGAGAAAUAAUAAUAUAUGUUACCAUGGCCAACAAAAUAUUUAUCAAAUAUCAAAUAUUCCUGUGCCAGUAAGGCACAAAAAAUAUAGAGAGAAUUUAAGGAAAUACAAAAUAACGAAUAUUAGGGUAGAAUCAGUCUGGAGAAAAUUUGAGUUAGAUGGUUAUAUAAUUUAUAAAAGCACUACUAGGAAUCAUAUUUAUUGUAUUAAUUGUCGUCCCUUUUCUGAAUUUCAAGUGGGAGAUUACUUAGAAAUUGAUUUAGAGAAGACAACACUUUACGAGUCGGGUCAUGACUUUAAUGAGGUCAGCACAGUAAGAAAAGUCAGUUCAUCGGAGGUCAUGCCUUCUAGUUCAUCAACAGACAUGGUUAUUGGUUCAACUACUAUAACUAGAAAUCAAAUUCUGGCGAUUGGUCGGGAAAUAGAUGCUUUAAUAGACCAAAGUGGUGGACGAAACGAGUAUGAAACAAAGGGAUUUUUUGCAGCAGUAGAGGAAUUAAUUCCUUCUGCUGUUUGUUCUUACGAAGAAAAUGGGCGAAAAGCUGCUUUAGUUUUUAAAUCUGGAAAAAACAAAAAAAAUAUUAGCCAAGAAUUGGAAAAAAAAUUCGAGAGGACUGCCGCUAUUAAUGUUGUUUAUCAAAAUAAAAAUAAUCAAGGAAUACAUGCCGACAGUGAAAAAUUAAUCGAAGCAAACAGGGAAAAUGCUCCUAACUUAGUAGAGGAAGGAAAAGAGAUUAAAAACUCGCCUAAGCAAAUUUGUUAUCCCUCAGAGAAUGAAGAAGAAAAAGAUAAAAAUUCUCCUGAUUUAAAAAAGAGUGAAGAAAAAUUAGGAAUUAGUCAAAAUAACUUGUCUCCUUCUAAUUCUAAUUUUCCAACUGUUUUAGUAAUUGCAUGCCUGAGUGGUUUAAAGGGCCAACUUGGAGAGUUGGAGUACACCUUAAGUACCAGAGAAGAAAUAAAAAGAGCAUACAAAAAGUUAGCCCUUAAAUGGCAUCCUGAUAAAAACAACAAUUCUCCCGAGUCUACUGAAAAAUUUAAAGAAAUUAACAAUGCCUAUGCACAAUUAGACCCCAAUUCCGACAUUAAUGAUAAUUUUGAUAGCGAAGGCGAAUUCUCUUCUGAAGAAUUAGAUAAAAUCAUAUUUGCCUUGGAGAAAUUAAAAGCCACACAAAAGUUUGACAAUUUUAAUACGACCCAGGAAAUAAUAAAUUUCAAAAACCAGUUAAUAACUGCUUUAGAGCAAGAAUUUAAUAAUAACGAAUCAAACUUUAACCAAGCAUUACUCGCCCAGAAGCAAGGAAGGAUUGCUGUGGAAGACUAUUUAAAAAAGAAAGGUGUCAGCGACUAUGAUUUAAAUGAAAAAUUAAAAAAAAGUUCUAAUGUAACUCAAAAAGCAAGGAAAACUAACAGGACCCCGGGAGGACCAAAUAAUCCUCCUCAACCGACUCCCGGCGGGCCAACCCCACCAGGAAGUCCUCCUGCACCUGGGAAUGCUGAUAUUGACCAGGAAAGAAAUAACGCCAAGCAGCAAAUUAACCAAGCCUUGCUCGACAAGAAACUUCAAAAAACCGACCUGGAACCCAAUUUUCACAACUAUGAAAGGCAAAUAGACCAAUUAAACGACAAGGAACAAAUCAGAGAUUUUGCCCAACGGAUGAUUAACAAAAUUAAUCAGCAUCAACCUAGUAACAAACAAAAAAAAGCGGAUGUAAAAUUAGAGGGAUUAUCUUUACCAAUCAAAUUAGCAAUCGGGAGUAGUAUUUUACUUGUAAUCGUAACAAUUGCAGUUUUAAUAAUUAAGAAAACCGCAAGAAAAUAA